UUCAUUUAUUAAUCUUCUUGUGAGGGGUAGGAAGUGAGGAAGAGAUCAGGCGACAUGGCUUACAACCUUGAAUCCCUUGUCCAAAUCCUAGAGCAGUUCCUCCACCCUGAACAUCACCAGCCUCUUUGGGUUCUUGACUCUGACAAGAAACCACAAAUGAAAACCCUCUUACAAAAGGUCUAUUUCUUUAAAGAUCUUUUCGAAAAUUCUUCUUCAGCAGUAAGUGGUUAUAGAAGACGAGGUUUGGAGAGUCGAAUCAGGGAUAUAGCAUAUAAGGCAGAAGAUGUUCUUGAAUCUCACCUUGUGGAUCAACUUCUUUCAUGUGGGGAAGGUGAGAGCUUCAUUUUCUCACCUCCAGAUCUUGAGAAACUAAUUGAGGACUUUGACUCUGCAAACAAAGAUAUGAUGUCGAGCUUGGAAGAAAGUGAGAUGCAGCUCAAGUAUCGACUCACGGGGGGAGGAUCUAAACUUGAGGUCAUUCCAAUUGUGGGCAUGGGAGGUAUUGGUAAGACUACUUUGGCCCGAAAUCUUUAUAAAGAUCGACUUGUUAGUGUGCACUUUGAUGUUCGAGCAUGGGCUACAAUAUCACAAGACUAUGAUGUGGGAAAGAUUCUACUAGGCCUCCUUCGCCUUGUUAUUAGACGACCCACAUAUGAAAUGCUUCAAAUGGGAAAUGAGGAAUUAGGUGAACAUCUGCGUACAACUUUGAUGGGUCGGAGGUAUCUGAUUAUUUUAGAUGAUAUUUGGAAUACCCAUUCUUGGAAUGAUAUAACAAAGUUCUUUCCGGAUAAUAACAAUGGAAGUCGGAUCAUUAUCACCACCAGGAAUUCGAGCUUGGCUAAUUUCAUUGCCUUCCGGAGUCCACAUCACAACAUGUAUCUUCUAAAAGAUGAUGAAAGCUGGAAUCUUAUUCAUCAAAAGGUAUUUGCACCUGGAGAGAUUUGCUCUCCUGGAUUGGAGUCAAUCGGGAGAAAAAUUGCACACAACUGUAGAGGCCUUCCUCUUGCAAUUUCUUUGAUUGGUGGACUUCUAUCUCAUGCAAAGAGAAGGCAAGUUUUCUGGGAGCAAGUUGCAGAGGAUUUAAGUUCGAUAGGAGCUGAUGUGGGCGAAGAAAUCCUCGAUAUAUUAUCUUUGAGUUACAAUUAUUUACCUUAUCAUCUUAAACCAUGUCUCCUUUAUAUGGGUGCUUUCCCAGAAGAUUCUGAGAUCCAUGCCUCUAGACUCAUCAAAUUGUGGGUGGCAGAGGGAUUUUUGAAACCAAUUUCAGGGAGAAGAUUGGAGGAGGCUGCCGAGAUUUACCUAAAGGCUCUCAUUGACAGAAAUCUUAUUUUUGUCCGACAACAAAGUCCUCAAGGGAAUGUCAAGAGCUGCGGCAUACAUGAUCUCUUGAGGGACAUGUGUGUGAAGAUAGCUUAUAAAGAGAACUUUCUAUCCAUGAAGCAAUGGAAUAUCCUAGGAGCCGUAAGCUGGCGUCGUGUGUGUUUUCACAGCAUCCAAGAUUUUGAUAAAACGUUGAAUCAAAUGCCGCUUGCACGUUCUUUUCUGUUCACCAGUGCUGGAAGGCGGGAGAUAUCAUCUCCUAGGAUUUCUGCAACCGAAGUGCUGAGGGUAUUGAGAAUAAAGCUCCUUGGGUUCCCGCGAUUGCUGAGGGUAUUGGACAUAUUGGAAGUAAAGUUCCGUCGGUUCCCAAAGGAAAUACUACGACUGAUCAACUUAAGAUACCUUGCUCUAUCCACUUCUAAACUGCCUUCUUCAAUAUCUCGACUCUGGAAUUUGCAAAUCUUAAUUGUUGAAGUAAUCGCAUCAUCAUGUGUGCGACUUGAAGUGACGCCUGAAACAUUAGGCAUGGCACAAUUAAGACACAUCAAGUUGAAGGGAUUUUAUGUCUGGUAUGAUGAUAAGUACAGGGAAGAUUUUGUUGUCCAAGAUCAGCUUCAAAGUCUGUCUACCAUAGCAAUCUCUCAACUUACUGAUAGGAUCCUUCGGACAAUCCCAAACCUGGAGAAAUUAGGAAUCUUUUGUGAUGAAAAAGUUGAUCAUGUGAGAGAUCUGUCCCGUCUUCAUAAACUCCACUCACUCAAAUGUACAUCCGUUUAUGACGGUCGCACUCACUUUUCUAAUCUCAUUUUCCCGGAUUCCCUCAAAAAAUUGACUCUGCGUGAUUGUGGAAUUCGGGAUCCGGACAUGAAUAGAAUUGGUAAACUGCCCAAUCUUGAAAUUCUCAAACUACAAGGAUGUCAAUUCGUAAGCCGAAAGUGGGAGCCAGAUGAAGGGGAGUUCCACCGACUACGGUUUUUGCUAAUGGAAAACUUGAAUCUGGUGAACUGGGUAGCCGAUGAGUCCCAUUUCCGAAGACUUCAGCACCUGUUUAUUCAACAUUGCUCAGAUCUCGAGGCAAUCCCUCUUGUCAUCCGAGACAUUCCAACUCUCCAAGUAAUCGAGGUGCACAACUGCAGGCCCUCUGUAAUGAAUUCAGCAAGAAUGAUACAGGAAGAACAGCUUGAGAAUGAUGGCCUUUAGUUCAUUUCCGCACCACUUGGUUACAGAAAUAUUAAUCAUGCAUGUGAUUGAAAUAUACCCGUUUAUUAUUGGAUUUGUUUUUAGAGGUAAUUUAAAAUAUUUUAGGUGUAAAUUUAAUAUUGGGAUUCAAAAAAUCAAAAUCACUUUUUAUUGUCAAAUCGCAUCAAUUUUAUACAUAUUUUGAAUGGACUCAUUCGGUUCAAUAAGUGGAGG